UUUAAUACUUCCGCAUUGCAAAAUGAACACAAGCAGUUAACAUGUCGUCCUUAAUAAAAUUAGUUUUAAACGCAUGGAAUCGAAAUAUAUAGAGAUCUGGAGACAUAGUGUUGUUAAAGGUUUAUCCAAACAAAUAAAUUAUUGUGAAGGAAAAUGUCAGAUUACAAGGACAUCAUUCGCAUGCCGGAAACCCUCAACUGGUUUAAGGCAGCCAUGGGUAUGAAUAUCACACGUCACUGCCUGCUCGACAUUGUAAAACAGGCUUCUCAGGAAUUGUAUCACACCAUUCGCAAAGAGAUCAGUAGAAAACACGGUAUCAUGAAGAACGUUGUCUGCAGUCAGUGUCACACUCCAAACGUGCUGCCUUGUGAUACCGAUAAUAAAUGCUGUCAUUAUAAACAUGGAAGAUGCGCAUUUCAUGACAUUCAUAAGCCUCGACAUUGCAGCACUUAUUUAUGCAAUGAAAUGUGUAAGGAAAUUGUAUACCAUCACCGAUUUCGCAACCAUUCAAAACCAAAAAGUUUUCAAGGCCCUACCUGGGUAAAUACAGAUGCGUGUAAAUGGUGCGCCGACCCCUGGAAGAUUGCAAAAUGCUACUCUCAAAAGACGGAUACAAGGAUGUUAAUAAAGUAGAAGAUGCCGACUUCAAUGGCAUAGUUAAUGUACUAAUAAACUGUGAAUUAUUUAAAAUGUUUUUCAAGGAUGACCUGACACAAAAGGAGAAUGUCUGCACCAAGGCUAGAGAUGUGGGGCGUGACGUACGACAUGCUCCCUCAAUGUCCAUGACAAGCCAGGACAGUGACAGAGCCAUCGACACUCUAAUUGCGUUGUUGCAGAGCCUGAAACAUGUCAACCACCAGGUUGCGGCGAAUACUGCAGUUGACAAGUUAACACAGCUGAAGAACGGAACGCUAGCAAUUACUACUGAAGAUGUUGAUACAACCUUUGAGCUCUUGAAGGAAAAUUUGAUUGCAAAAAUAAAAGAAGCUCUUGAAAAAGAAAAGGAUACACUUGUUAAAGAAAUGGUCGAUGCCUUUAAUAAAAGGCUCAGUAAAGUUAUUGAAACAAUACAAAGGAAAGAAAACGACCUACUUAAAACGGUUAAACGGAAAAGAGAUAAUGUACUUGAUACGAUAGACGAGAAAAGAGAUGAUGUGAUUGAAACGGUUAAACGGAAAAAAAGAUGAUGUAAUUGAGACAAUAGACGGAAAAAGAGAUGAUGUAAUUGAAACGAUAGACUGGAAAAGAGAUGAUGUACUUGAAACUAUAGACGGAAAAAGAGAUGAUGUACUUGAAACUAAAGACGGGAAAAGAGAUGACGUAAUAGAAACGAUAGACGGGAAAAGAGAUGAUGUACUUAAAACUAUAGACGGAAAAAUAGAUGAUGUUCUUGAAACUGUAGACGGAAAAAGACAUGAUGCAAUUAAAACGAUAGACGGGAAAAGAGAUGAUGUACUUGAAACUAUUGACGGGAAAAGAGAUGAUGUAAUUGAAACGAUCGACGGGAAAAGAGAUGAUGUACUUGAAACGAUAGGCAGGAAAAGAGAUGAUGUUCUUGAAACAAUACGAAGGCAAAAAGAUGAAGUGCUGAAUAAUAAAGACAAUUCAACAAAGAACAGUUCAUUAACAGAAAUCCAGACGUGGUUAAUCGAACAUUACCGAGAAAGGUGUGUUGUGCCGGUGUCGAUGCUGGAUCCUGAUAUAGAUGUACCUUUAGAACGGCUCUAUGUUCCCCCCUCCAUCCAGGAACUUAAAAGAGGCCAGAAAGACAGACAUGGCCGGAGUGAGAUAGACACGACUUCAAGGGUGAAAACAGAUGUCAGUUUCUACAGAGAGCUGCUGCAUUAUCAUGGGAAUCCGGUUAAUAAAAUUUAUAUCGAAGGCGAUCCGGGUUGCGGGAAAACGACGUUUUUAUCAAAGCUAGUUCUAGAUUGGUGUACAGCCCAUUCUGAAAAUGGUGCAAGCACUUUGGAAAAGCUCACCAGUAAAGCCACUACCAGAAGUAUGAAGUCAAACCCAACAUAUUUCAGCGAUCUUGACACUUUGAGAGACUACACAUUUCUGUUCUUUGUGUCAUUACGUGAUUACAGCGGAUCCAUGUGUAACGUCAGUCAGAUGGUCGAGGAUGCCAUAAAACGCAACAAACUACCUUGGGAUGAUAGUGUCUGGAAACAUAAAUGUAUUAUUCUGACAGACGCUGCAGACGAAUGGCACCACCCCGAUAUACCCUUUCCUCCGCCAUGUGAAUCUACGUGCAAGUGCCGUAAAGACCGAAGUAUGCCGCUGUAUUUACAGCGAACAAACAUUACCAACAUUAUAACCGCAAGACCAUGGAAACUUGCAAAUCUAAGCAUGAGCGAUACUUUGACGCGUAUGUUCGAAAUUUCCGGCGUUAUAAACUACAAAACCUUGGCGGAGAAUGUCAUAACUGUCUUAGCUGAGAAGGACGGUAUUUCUAAAAAUGAUCAAAAAUGCAAUUGUAUUGAUUUUUUUGACAAAAUAAAGACAGAAAGAUUGCAGAAUCUCAUCACAGUUCCAGCCGUUUGUGUGCAGUUAGUUCAUCAGUUUUACGUUUGGCGUUUAAUCGAAGGUUCACUGUGUGCUAUAUACAUUAAUAUGCUAGAUAUGCACAUAGCCAAGGGAUUGCAAAAACUGCAAAUUGAAGAAUUUGACACUGAAGAAAUUUGUGUUACAGAUAUAACCCCAAUAAUUGGUACAGAAACAACCGAGUAUCUGCGGGCUCAUUGGACGCUGGUUCGAUCUGCAAAGUGCGCUUGCGUUUAAAACACUAACAAACUCUUGUAAAGAAUCGUCGCUUAUCUUUGCAGAAAACACAAUCACAAACCACAUGUCGAAAACAAAACUUGAUUACUUACUUCAGACAGGGAUUUUAACAAAGAAAAAAUCUUUGGCGCUAAGCUCGCAAAAGAAUAUUCCAUACAUGUUCGUACACAAAACAAUUCAUGAGUUUCUAGCAUCGUUGUUUAUUGCAAUGAAUCAGACGGACAUUGAAGACAUCCUGAACGCCAUACAGUCUGUGUAUUGUGAUAGUAAGUCACUUCUGGACAUCGGUCAGUUAUUUAUCUUCACGUGUGGAAUGUGUGCUCAAGCAGCUAACAGAAUGUCAAUGCACAUCAUGGAUGUCAUAACAUGCGACAUAGAAAGAAUGUUACAUUCAAGUUCAGACCCGGAGGCAGUACUUGUUCGAUCAAUUAAUGCAGCACAAAACAUUAUAUUGGAUGGCUUUAUUGAAGGGGCAGCGAAUGAGCAGUCAUGCUUACAACUGACAAUCAGACAUAUAGUCUUUGACAUUUUUUAUCAGAAGAAUGAGAAGUACAAAGAUGCUUUAAAUACGUUAAUAGAUAUGAACAUAUCAAACAUUAUUAGCAUAUAUGCACAAUUCCUUCAGUACCUCAUCAGUAUUCAUAUCGCAUACAGGAUAUUAUUUCACAAUCAAGAGAAACAUUGUCGUAUCUGCGGCUUUCAAACAUGGGUCAAGUACACCUACAGGGUCUAAAACUCAAGUACUUAUCAUGUAACUUUUUUUCUGGAUAUACCGAUAUAAGUAAUUUAGACUGCAUCUUUAUGCGUGCGUGUAAGAUAUCGUAUCUAACAACAUUAGCAGAGGAGCGCAUCUUACAAGCGAUGUCUGUCACUGGUAAAAACAUUAGACGUCUAGAGGUGGGUAGUGUUAAAUCAAGUGACCUUCUCUGUUCAACUCUUCCACACCUGACCAGUCUACACAAGCUUAUAUUCGAACAAACACCACUUGCGGUUAAACAUCUGUACCACCUUUCUGAAUCGAUCCGAAAUGUCGUUGAUAUAUUCGUUAGUUUUUCCGCUCAAGAUGUAAAGUCGAUGGUGGAAUGGUCAAAGUCACGGGACGCAUGUGUGUAUUGCAAAUUGUUCAAGUGUAGCAUAUCUGCCAAUGAGACGGAUAUUUGUAACUGGAUGCUGCAGCAGGAUGGUAUUUGUAUUACGCAAUGUGAAUUCGAAGCGAAAGGCGAAUUUCAGCCUUACGAUGAAAUCUCUAUUUCAUGGAGCAAUAUUUUAUCAAAGUGACAAUAAUCAACCAGUUGUCACAGAUUCAAGACGAAAAGAACAAUCAGAGAGCGACAUCAUAACACUAAGGAAAGAGACAAAAUGAAAAUUAAAAUUCGAUUCAUAAUUCGAAAUUGAUAAAAAAAAAUACAAAGAGCUAUAAAAGCGAAAAAAAUAAAUACAAUCAUUUGG